AAGCCACACAGAACGUAGCUGUGCGACGACCAAUUGACGUGACCCGGUGACUCACUGUGACUCGCCGUGACUCAGUCACGAGAUAAACACGAAGUAAGACGCGCCGUAACAAUUCGGGCAGCUCGUUAAAUUAACGAGUGUCGCGUUUGAGUUCGGGCAAACAAAGGCAAAAAAGUAAAACCGAAAUUCGCGUAACGUGUAACGUAAUACGUAUACGUAUAAGAAACGCAACGCGCUUGAAUGCGUUACGCGACGCAUGAAAUGGCGGCACGCAAUUCGCGCUACAUUGAAUCCAAACGCAUCGCCCACAAAUUGCUCUAGUCCCUUGCAAAAGUUAUAAUUUAAUAGCAUCACAAAUUGCGCAUGAAAUGUUGUUGGAAUACUUUGUGGCGAUGCUUGUGAUCAUGGGAUUAACCACAACAUUCGAUAAGCACACAAGCCGCAUGCAACACUUUGCGCUGGCCGAGGAGCUCUCCAAUCUGAUACCCGAGGAGUACGAACCUCAGUUCGACAACAACACACAGCGUGAAAUAAUCGCUGCCCUCGGCACCACAGCUCGCAUGCAUUGCCGCGUACGCCAUCUGGGCGAUCGGGCCGUUUCCUGGAUUAGGCAGCGUGACCUGCACAUUCUGACCAUUGGCAUCAUGACCUACACCAAUGAUCAGCGAUUUCUCGCUCGACACAUCGACAACUCCGAUGAGUGGGUGCUGAAGAUCGUAUCGGUGCAGCCGAGAGAUGCUGGCAUUUAUGAGUGUCAGGUCUCCACGGAGCCCAAAAUAAGUCUCGCGUACAAGCUCAUGGUUGUAACAUCCAAGGCACAAAUCCUGGCCAAUCGUGAACUGUUCAUACAAAGCGGCAGCGACAUCAAUCUAACAUGCAUUGCCCCCCAGGCGCCAGGACCCUACACGCACAUGCUCUGGUACAAGGACACGGAACUUGUUAGCGAUUCGACGCGCGGCGGCAUACGCGUCAUCUCCGAGCAGCAAAUAAAGACGAGCAAUCUGGUCAUAUCGCGUGUACUUCACACGGAUUCCGGCAAUUACACAUGCUCCGCGGAUAACUCAAACAGCGACAGCGUCUUUGUGCAUAUCAUUAAGAGCGAACAGCACGCGGCCAUGCAGCAUGAGCUGGGCGUCAGACUGGAAGCUGGGCAGAGCUUGUGGCUGCUGCUUGGAAUGCUACUGCUACUGCAGCAUAUGUCACGCCCCCUCCUUCAGCUCCAGCUCCAGCUAGUUGGGGCCUAAGCUCUCAGUAGUCGAAGCUUAUGUUUGAUGUCUGCUUUUGCGUUGCCCUUUGGAUGGUCGGACGGAUGGACAGGGAUGCUCUGGUGCCCGGAUAAUAGGGAUGAUGCCACGCCCACACUGCCCACUGCGCUGCGCCGUACAUAGAAGAGACGCACACCUGUGUAUAUAGUGUAAAUCGUAUUGGGUUUUUUUCCGUUUAGGCAGCUUUAAGUAUUUUUAUACAUAAUUAAGUCAACAAUAAUCGAUAGGUCGACUAAUCGAUAGUUCGUUAAGUCGCGCAUCGACUAGCCCAUAGGCCAUAAGAUAAACGAAAACGCAAACGUAAAAUCGAAAUAAAUGUAAAUAAAUGUUUAAUCUUAAUUAACAAUUGACAAAAACCACGUUGAACUGUCGCUUUGAAGGUGUGCCGAACACAUGUAGACAUACACAUACACA